UCGGGUCGCGGGGCGGAGGGAAGAGCGAGCGGGCGGGUGGGAGGCGCCGGCGCCAGACAGAGAGUGGAGGAGCUAGGAGUAGCCGCCGAGAGGCCCCGGAGCCAGCGAGGACCAAGCCAGCCGAGCCGCCACCGCCGCCUCGCCGCCAUGGCGGCAACCAAGGACAUCCAUGAGGACCAUGACACUUCCACUGAGAAUGCAGACGAGUCCAACCAUGACCCUCAGUUUGAGCCCAUAGUUUCUCUUCCUGAGCAAGAAAUUAAAACGCUGGAAGAAGAUGAAGAGGAGCUUUUCAAAAUGCGGGCAAAGCUGUUCCGAUUUGCUUCAGAGAAUGAUCUCCCAGAAUGGAAGGAACGGGGCACCGGCGAUGUCAAGCUCCUAAAGCAUAAAGAAAAAGGGACCAUUCGCCUCCUCAUGAGGAGGGACAAGACCUUGAAGAUAUGCGCCAACCACUAUAUUACGCCAAUGAUGGAGCUGAAGCCAAACGCGGGCAGUGACCGUGCCUGGGUCUGGAACACCCACGCCGACUUUGCCGAUGAGCGCCCCAAGCCGGAGCUGCUGGCCAUCCGCUUCCUCAAUGCUGAGAAUGCACAGAAAUUCAAGACAAAGUUUGAAGAGUGCAGGAAAGAGAUCGAAGAGCGAGAAAAGAAAGGAGGAUCAGGCAGAAACGAUAAUGCUGAGAAAGUGACUGAAAAGCUAGAAGCGCUUUCAGUGAAGGAGGAGGGCAAGGAGUCUGAAGACGAGGAGACCAAGGAAAAAGCUGAGGAGAAGCAAUAAGUCCUCUGCCCUUGUUUUCUGUUCCUUCCUUUUCCUUUUUUUAAAAAGAAUUUGCCCUGGCCCUUUUCGGUUUGUUUUUAUUCUGUUUUGUUUUUACGAGGGACUUUAUAUAAAGAACUGAAUUCUAGCAUUCAGGUGUUUUUUUUCUAAGUUUUUGCCCUAUCGAAGAUGAUUUCAGAAAAUCCAUUCCCCAGUCAUGAAAAUGUACUGUGCUAACUUUCUUUUCCAUAGUGGAAACACUUAUUUAUAGUCAUCAAAAAUAGUGAAUAAACAACACAUUGGAAACCUUCA